UGAGAUCCCGUCGUAUCCCAAACUUCUUGCAGCAACCUUUUAUUCCGUCACCAAACCAGGGAAAACUCCGCAGCGUCAGAUCUGCCCAAUCAGCACAUAACACGUGUCAAGCCAAGUCAUUCAUAUGCUGUAAGACACCAUAACAUUUCCCAAACCAAGUCAACGUCUUUCCUCCAAGAGAACAAGGCAAACAAUAAAACAGUCUCUUAGAACAAGACAAAGGAACAGGAAAACAGAGCAAGUACCUGCUCUGUUUUCUGAUUAUCUACUUUUUUCCCCCAUUAUUCCAAUAGCUUUUACAAUGAAAUCGGAGGCUCUAACGUUAGUUUUAGUGAAUCUGGCGGGAAUAAUGGAGCGAGCCGACGAAUCAUUACUGCCUGGUGUUUACAAAGAAGUUGGCGCAGCUUUGCAUACGGAUCCAACAGGGCUUGGCUCACUCACUCUGUAUCGGUCCAUAGUUCAAACUUGUUGUUAUCCUUUAGCUGCUUACCUUGCUAUGUAUCACAACCGUGCUCAUGUUAUUGCUCUCGGUGCUUUCCUUUGGGCGGCUGCAACAUUUCUUGUUGCCAUUUCCACUACUUACCUCCAGGUAGCAAUUUCAAGAGGUUUGAAUGGGAUUGGCCUUGCCAUUGUCGUACCAGCCAUUCAGUCCCUUGUUGCCGAUUCAACUGAUGAUUGUAACCGCGGUGUGGCUUUCGGAUGGCUUCAACUUACUGGAAACAUUGGCUCGAUCCUAGGCGGCCUCUGUUCGGUCCUGAUUGCCUCAAAAACUAUCAUGGGGAUACCUGGCUGGCGCUUUGCGUUCCAUUUGGUUUGGAUAAUUAGUGUUGUUGUCGGUAUUGCGGUCCGUCUUUUUGCUAACGAUCCACGAUUUUCCGGUCAUGACAACGCAGCCAAAGAACAUGUUGGACACAAGUCUUUUUCAUCACUGGUGAAAGACAUAAUAAAUGAAGCAAAAUCAGUUAUAAGAAUCCCAACUUUCCAAAUCAUUGUUGCUCAAGGUGUUUCGGGAUCAUUUCCAUGGUCCGCUUUGUCAUUUGCUCCGAUGUGGCUUGAACUAAUCGGCUUCUCCCACGAAACAACAGCAUUGAUCAUUACACUUUUCGUGGUUUCCGGUUCAAUCGGUGCUCUUUUUGGAGGAAAGAUGGGUGAUGUUCUCGCAAAACGGUUCCCAAAUGGCGGGAGGAUCAUUUUGUCGCAGAUAAGCGCGGGUUCUAUGAUCCCCAUAGCCGCAGUUUUGCUUCUGGGAUUACCUGAUGAUCCUUCCACUGCAUUUAUGCAUGCUCUAGUUUAUGUCAUCAUGGGAUUUUGCACAUCUUGGAAUGCUCCAGCAACCAACAAUCCGAUAUUUGCAGAGAUUGUACCUGAGAAAUCCCGAACAAGCAUCUACGCUUUGGAUCGAUCUUUUGAGUCUGUACUGGCAUCUUUUGCUCCUCCUAUAGUAGGGAUUUUGGCUCAGCAUGUUUAUGGUUUUAAACCCAUACCUAAGGGAUCAUCGGACUCGAUAGAGGUCGAGACGGAUCGGAAGAAUGCUGCAUCACUUGCUAAGGCACUUUACACUGCAAUUGCGAUUCCAAUGGCUCUCUGUUCCUCUAUCUAUUCGUUCCUUUAUUGCACGUAUCCAAGAGACAGGGAAAGAGCAAGAAUGCAGGCAUUGAUUGAAUCAGAAAUGCAACAACUAGAGGACGAUCAUAAUGCUCCAUCAAAUGCCAAACAAUCCGAAUUCCGUGUGGCGGACUCGAAGGACAAAGAAAGGAGUGAAAUGUGUAGCAUUGAUUUGGAUGAUAACGAUGAGAAAUCUCUUCUGAAUCACCAGAUUGGCUUCUCAAACUUAGAACACUGAUAAACAUGUCGUUUUGCAGAAUCAUUUGAAACUAAAGUCAUAAAGGCUUCAUUAAUUUCAUGUCAACACAA